UCCUGUUUUAGUGAAAGCCGGAUCCAACCCGAUCCGUCCUACGAUCACCUCUAAAAGAAAAAAUAAAGAGGAAACAUUUUACAAUAAUUCGAGCUUUUGCCGUCUCUUUGCCGCCGACAUAAUUAACCGGCGAAAUACCUAUCUGGCUAUCUGUGUGUCGCGCAUCAUCUCGUCUGAAAUCAGUAAUUUCUCCCAGGAAUCUGAAAAUUCUAGUGAAUUUAUAGGGAGGAGUAAUCUAGGGUUUCGACAAGCUCGGGUUUCUGAAUAAUUAUUCGACGUCUUGAGUUUCCUGUUUACUUGGUUGUCCUCGAGUUUGCUGACGGUUGGAGUUUGCGGACUUGUUGAUUCUUAGAAAUAUGCAGGCAUCCAGGGCCCGGCUGUUCAAAGAAUACAAGGAGGUGCAGCGAGAAAAAACAGCUGAUCCAGAUAUUACACUUGUUUGUGAUGACACCAACAUAUUCAAGUGGACUGCUUUAAUUAAGGGGCCAUCAGAAACUCCUUAUGAUGGUGGUGUUUUCCAGCUUGCAUUUGCGGUGCCUGAACAAUAUCCUUUGCAACCUCCUCAAGUCCGAUUUUUGACAAAAAUCUUUCAUCCAAAUGUCCAUUUCAAGACUGGAGAGAUUUGCUUAGACAUCUUAAAAAAUGCAUGGAGCCCUGCUUGGACCUUGCAAUCAGUGUGCAGAGCAAUAAUUGCUUUGAUGGCCCAUCCGGAACCUGAUAGUCCCUUAAAUUGUGAUUCAGGCAAUCUUCUGCGAUCUGGAGACGUAAGAGGAUUCAAUUCCAUGGCAAAGAUGUAUACAAGACUUGCAGCCAUGCCGAAGAAAGGAUAAAAUCUUACUCACUCACCCUUUUUUCUUGCACCUCGAUCACACUUGCAUUCUGUUUUCGUUAAUGUGUGCAAUGAAGAGAACAGUAUAAUUUAUGUGGUUACUUUGAUCUUAGGUCUCUGCGAGAACAGUCAUCUGAUUUGAGCUUAUUGUAUGAUUGUUCGGAGAGGCUUUUCCAAAUGAGAAUGCCCGUGUAAUUUCAAUCUUUUAAAAUCAUCAACAUCGCCGAACCCAUGGCUAAGGACUAAGAUGUAAUGGAUAUAUUUUGCUAUAUUUAUUAUAGCAUACAAGUAACUGUUUAUUCAAA